AUGAAGGAUGGAAAUACUACUACUCAAGAUGGUGAAACUACAAGUGCAAACAAACGAAAAGAUGAUCAAAGAGAUGAUCCAAUAUCUGAUAAUACAACUCCUUCAUCAUCAUCAUCAACUACAACAUCUUCAUCAUCAUCUUCUUCUUCUUUUACACCAACCACCACCACCACCAAUUUAUUAGAUGAUAGAGAACCCAAACGACAAAAGGGUGAUGAUAUUGAUAUGGAAGAUGGUGAACUAAACGAAAUACCUGGUAAACAACAACCAGUAGCAGUAGCAGCAGCAACAGCAGUAGUAAUACAACAACCAAAUGUUAUAAAAGAGGUAGAGCUCCAAUCCUCUUCCUCAUCGACUUCUACUUCCUCUUCUUCUUCAAGAAGAAGUGAUGAUCGUGAGAAAAAUAGAGAUAGUAGAGAAAGAUCAACCCGUGAUAGAGACAGAGAUAGAGACCGAGAUCAUUACAGUGAUAGUAGUAGUAGUAGUAAACAUCGAGAUCGAGAUAGAGACAGAGAUCGUAGUGGACGUGAACAUGAAAGAGAAAGGGAUAGAGAUAGAGACAGACAUGAUAGGGAUAGAGACAGAGAUAGAAAGGAAAGAGAAUACCGUGACCGAGAUAGAGAUAGAAAUGAUAGAGAUAGAAACGAUAGAGAUAGACAUGAUAGAGAUAGAGAUAGAGACCGUGAUAGAGACAGCAGCAGACGUGAUAAAAGUCAUAGAGACAGCAGCAGCAGAGGUGAAAAAGAAAGAACCUCUAGCAGAACAGAUGGAGUUGAAAAUGGUCAUAGAUCAGAUGGAGAUGCCAAAAUCCUAUCUAGUCCUCUAAACUCUUCUGAAGCAUCCCUUUCUUCUUCUACUUCAUCUUUAUCAUCUAGUGUAGUACCAUCAUCUAGUACUACAACUUCUACGACUGUUACAACCUCUACUACAUCUACAAGCUCUACUACCACCACCUCUACUACCGCUCAGCCUCCUGCACCUGCUACCAUAUUUGAAGAGGAUAGAAAGGAAAAAGAAGAGAACUUACUUGAGGAGAGCCGACUCCGAAGACAAAGAAUCAUGGAUAAAUAUGCCUAUGAUCAACAACCAAGUUCUCCAGCUGUCGCGACUGAUGUCUCUCCCUCCUCCUCCAAUCAAUUACAACAACCAAUGUCUCCUCCACAAAAAUUACAACAACAACAACAAAGAAGAUCACCAAAUGAACAACAAAAUGAAAAUGAAGAGGAGGAAUCUUUUUCAUUGUUCAAAGAGAAUGCUACGACUGCAGCAGCUGAAGAAUCUCCUCAAGAAGAUUUGUCUUGUUCUUCUGAAGAAGAUCUCAAGAAACGUGGAGUCAUUGAUGAAAGUGACAUUACUAAAAAGACAACUACCAAAGUCACAACUACCACCUCUUCUUCCACUACUACUACUACUUCUACAAUCUCUACUUCUACAACUGCUGCAACCAACCAACAACAACAAUCAAAACCCAAAGACUUUGAUAUGUUUAGUGAUUCUCCAGUCGACGAAGGAGAAGGACAAAACAUUACCGAAUCAUCAGUUUCCAAUAAUCAAAUCAAUCUCAUUGACAAUUGGGACGAUACUGAUGGCUACUACAAGGUUCGUAGUGGUGAGAUGAUGGACAAGUACCAAAUUAUUUCAUCGAUUGGAUCUGGAGUAUUUAGUAAUGUCGUGUCUGCUCGAGACACUGCCACCAACGAGGAAGUGGUCAUCAAAAUCAUUAGAAACAGACCUUCCAUGCAUAGAUCAGGUAUUCGAGAGAUUGAAAUACUAAAAAAGAUUAGUUUACCUGCCAACAAUAAUAACAAUGGUCAGCUAAAAAAUCAUUGUGUUCAAUACAAACAUUCAUUCAACUAUCGUAAUCAUCUUUGUAUUGUUUUUGAAGCUCUAAGUAUGAGUUUAAAUCAAUUAAUUAAACAAUAUGGUAAAAAUGUUGGAUUAUCAAUCUCUGCAGUUAGAGUCUAUGCUAAACAAAUGUUUUUAGCAUUGAGACAUAUUAAAAAUUGCAAGAUACUCCACUCUGACAUUAAACCAGAUAAUAUUGUUGUCAAUCAAAACAAGAAUAUCAUAAAGUUGUGCGAUUUUGGAUCAGCUGGUGAAUUACAUGAAUCGGAAAUCACUCCCUACUUGGUUAGUAGAUUUUAUAGAGCUCCUGAAAUCAUUUUAGGAAUGAAAUAUGAUUUUGCAAUUGAUGUUUGGAGUGUUGGAUGUUGUUUGGGAGAAUUGUAUACUGGAAAAUAUCUUUUCCCUGGAAAAACCAAUAAUGAUAUGAUUAGAUUAUUCCUCGAAUACAAAGGACCAUUCCCAAAAAAGAUGUUGACCCAGAGAAAGGCUCAAUUUGUCUCGAAUCACUUUAAUGACAAUCUAAUCUUUAUGAAAGAAGACAAGAACAUCAUCGACAAUAAGGCCAUGAAAACACCUUAUGAAAUACAAAAACCAGUCAAGGAUUACCUUGAUUAUUUGGCGCCAUCGAGUCGUCAAAAUUUACCUGAAGCUGAAAUGAAGAAAUUACUUCAACUCAAGGACCUCUUGGAAAGAUGCACAGUUUUGGAUCCAGAGAAACGUAUAACUCCUUCUGAAGCUUUAAAUCAUCCUUUUAUUUGUCAAAAUUAA